GGGAUCUGCCACCAAACCUGGCAACCUCAUAGCUCAUUCAGACCACAACUAUAAACAAGAAGAGGAGCUCCGAGGCUAGCCGACUUUCUAUCUUAUUCGAUCAGUUCAUCUGGGUCAGCCAGUCCAUUUGAGGAUCUCCCCUUUCAUCUCAACAAUGACCUGACCAAUGGACCGCUGCAGUGUCUGCUCAAUUAGAGGCUCUCUUGUGGAGGUAGAUCAUGAAUGACAAACUUGUCUUCCUGGGCCUGCUGUACUUUGUCCAGGGCAUCCCCUACGGUCUCCAGUCUUCCCUGCUUCCUGUCUACCUGCGUGGAGCUGGUCAUUCCUUAACUCGCAUUGGCUUCACCAAGAUCCUCUACUUUCCAUGGGUCCUCAAGGUGCUCUGGGCCCCUUUUGUGGACCGGGUUGGCACGAAGCGCCGCUGGCUGGUGGGCACAGUGUCUGGGCUGGCUCUGACAUGCCUCUCCAGUGCUGCCCUGGCCCCCGAAGCACAUAUCUGGGGAGUAGCAGGAACCCUUUUGGUCAUGAACUCCUUGGCUUCUGUCCAGGAUAUUGCUGUAGACGGGGCUGCGGUGGCGUUGUUGAAAGGUCGUGGGGAGCUGGGCCUGGGCAACACAGCCCAAGUCGUGGGCUAUAAAGCUGGAUCUGUGUUUGCCGGAGGUGGGCUGCUGGCUGUGAUUGACGUCGCUGGAUGGAGCUGGAUGUUUAUGCUGCUGACAUUUGUGUACGCAGGCGUGGCACUGUUUGUGUGGGGGGCCCCUGUGCUGGAUGAUGAGACUUUGAGGGGCCAACAGGCAGAUGGCAGCAGGAGGGGUGGGCAGGCAGCAGACGCUAUGAGGCCAUGGAGAGUGUGGAGGAAGAUGCUAGCAGUGCCGGGCACCCCUUGGACAGUCCUGUAUGUGCUGACGUACAAACUAGGUGAGCAGGGUGCAGUGACCAUGUUUCCUCUUUUCCUGUUGGAUCAUCACAUGACCGCCAGGGAGCUCGGCUUCUGGAAUGGCGUUAUCGCCAUGGGCUUCUCCAUCUGUGGGUCUUCUCUGGGAGGCGUGCUGCUCGCUCAGUUCAGCAUCGGGGCUCUGAUGCGACGAGUGUUUGUAUUGCGAACCAUCAGCAUGGUCUUCCAGAGCUCUCUACUCACGAUACUGGAGCCAUCACCACUCAUGAAAGGUAUGGCCGUCUUGAGUAUGAGUGUUCAACACUUCUUGGGCGGGCUCAUCACCACGCUCACCUUCACUACCAUGAUGCAUUGCACUCAGAGGGCCGAGGAAAGCAUUCAGGGGGGCCAGAGAGGGAAAUCCUCAGCAUACAGUAACAAACCUCUCAUCACCUAUACCUGUCAGUUCUCAUCAGCUGUUUCCACCUGGAAAAUCUCAGACCCAGUUUCUAUUCAUUGCUUCUCUCUUUUCCUUUUGUACUACACUUACCCCCACCCUCUACCACCUCACUCUAUUUCUUUGUCAUUCUGGGGUCCUUUAAACGCUCCCGACUUUUCCCUCUGCUCUCUCGUUUUCUCCUCUUUAACAUACCUCCUUGUGUCCCCGUCGUAACUGGGUCAUCGUUGCCUGGAGGUGAUCGCUACUCACACAGCAACUCACUCGUCGCUCAGUCAAUCUCUGAAGGUGACAAAUUAUCAUUUAAAUUGCUGUCACUCUUAAAGUUGAAUAGAAAGGGGAAACAAAUCACAGGCUGUAGCACAGAUAUCAGGAUCUAGUUACUGAUAAAAUAAAUAGAGAGAGAACCACCGUUAAUCUCAGAGGUUCUGCGUGAGAGUGUGUGUGUGUAUGCGCACACAGGAGGGGGUAGCAUUAGCUCGCCUGCUCUCGCUGUGUGUAUAUGUGUGUGUUAUUGAAGGUAGUGCUAUCCAGUGACAGAAAGCUGAUAGUAAGAGUGCUUGUUAACGAUCCCCAGGAGAUAGAAACCAAAUCUGUUAAACAAGUUGCUCAGAAAAAAGGCACUCCACUUAGCUGUGGUCACACAGGGUCUCAAAGUUCUCUACCUCAGUGUACCGACCACAGUCGUCUAAACUCACCACCAGCUCCUCAACUCUCAUCGAAUUCAUACCAUUUCAUUUUCAGUUGAGAAAUCUUCUGUACGGAUCGUAGUGAUUGUGGUAACUGAAUUAUUAGUUUAUUAAUCAUCUAAUCUAUAUGUUACAUAAUCUGAAAAUAGUGAAACAUGUUUGUCACAUACUGAGAGUCCGAGGAGACGUCUUCAGGCAUUUGUUUUUGUCUGUACAAUAGUGAUAAAAACAACAUAUACUGACUUAACAAGGAUACAAAUCUGAUACAAUCUACAAAUCCUGGAACUAUGAAUUAAUGAAUUGUCAAAAUAGUUGCUGAUUCCUUUUCUGUAAAUCUACUCGAUUAAUUGUUGCAGCUCUUGUUCUAAAAUGAGAAAGAAAAUGGUGCACAGCAAAACAAACAUUGUUAACCCUGUAAAAGAUGCAUUAUGGUAUCAUUUGUAGAUGUACAGUAGUGAAAGAUCACACGCUGUUUACCUGGUGAAUUUUAAACAAGCAAAAUGUUCAACUGAAGGUUAACUGUUUCACACUAAAUAAAAGUCCAUUUGAAGUUCGCAUUUGAUGUAUCUCUAUUGUUUUGUAAUGCAGAACAGUAAUGUAUGCAUGGACAUGUCUCAGAACUAAUUUCAAUUUCAAUACAUUUUAGUUUGAUGGAGUAAAGGCUUUUGUUAUAAUGAAGAAAAGAGUCCUAAACCUAAAGGAUUAAUUAAUUCAGGCAAUGGUCUUGGUGGUGCCAGAUACCUUCUGUUUGGUUUGGUUACCUGCCUCACCUAAAUGCCGUGCUCUCGGGCAGAAGGAGGAGGUUUAGGUAGGAUUAGGUAAUCUCUCUCUCACUCACUCUCUCGCCUUAAGGCUGGGAUCAGAUACUCUUCUUCGUUUGGCCUCCAUCCAUCGUCUCGGGCCCUGAUCUCACGCUUUCUCUUUCAGGCUUCCAGUCUUCUUUAUUUAAAUUGUUUUCCCCCAUCAAUUGUUUUCUUCUUCUUUUUGGUUUUCUUUUUUCUGGAAAAUCACACUUUUAUUCUAGUCUCUGUCUGUUGUUGUUGUUGUUUUGUAUUACAUGUUUAAAAACAUCAACUGAUAAGUUGAUAGUAUGAAGUGUCACCUCUCCACUUUCCCAUCUGCUACUCCCUCUUUUACUUACAAUGUGCCUUUAUUUUCCAAACCCUCUCCUUCCUCCUUGUCCUGUUCUCUGCUCACUUCCCGCUCCUUCACCUCCUCCUCUUACUCUUUUCCCUUCAUCCCACCUCCCCACUCUACUCUCUCCAUUAGGCGACCCACUACAGUUUCCUGGCGACUCUGGAGGUGCUGGGGAAGCUGACAUUUAGCGCUCUAGCCGGAGGCAUGGUGGAUUGGUUUGGUUUCCAAGUUGCCUUCCUCUUCUUCCUCAC